AUGGUGGCAGACUUGCAUUUGCUGCCCCUCAUGGCCUCUCCAUGCUUUGCUUUGCAGGCCUUGAAGCGGGCGUACGAGUUGGAGGCCAUGAAGGAUGCCUGGGAUCUUGUGACGCUGCUAGAGAUCCACAACCUGCUCAUGGAUACGCACCUGAAGGAGGCCACGAACAUUGACCGCUCAAAGUUUGCGCAAUACUUUAAAACAGCUGAGUAUGUCGUCAAGAGAGUGAAGAAGGAGCUCCCUCAGGAUGGUAACGCUGCAGUCUACUACAAGGCUGCAGCAGAGUUGAAGUCUUGGGGUGGCCGCUAUCAAGAGGCCAAGGAGCUCUUUGAUGUGGCCAUUCCCCUGCUUAAAGCCGAGACGAGUACUGAUUGCACGGGCUUGCUCGAGACCUGUCAAGCGAUGAAGGGCUUCUGCGACCGAAAUCUCCAAGGGACGCAGGACAGUCCCAUGAGCUUCUCCAUUCCAGAGGCGGAUGCAGGCAAGCCAGCUGCCGCAGAAGCUGAGUAUCAGGGCCCCAUCAUCGAGGACGUUACGGAAACAGAGGAGAUGCCUGGGAAGGCAGUGGACACCUUUGCAGCCGCGUGUUCCUCCUCUUCCUCUUCUGCCCCUGCAGGCGAGGUGCCUUUGGAAGUGAAGGCCUUGGGCCCAUACGAUGCGGAAGAGGCCUUUCAGAUUUGCGCAGCCGAUGCAGACGCUGUGUUCAGCUCUGUAGAAAGCCUCCAGGCACACAUUGAAGCAGCCGGAGCAGGUUUGUGCUGGAUUGCUGCACGAGGCGACAAGCUCCUGGGUGUGGCACUUUGUGGUUCCGAUGGGGUCUUUGGUCACCUCCUGCAGUUGGUGCAGCGGUCUGGGGCGGAUGCCAAGAAGCAGUUGGUCGAGCGAUGCCGGCAGGCUUGCCAGGACAAAGGCCUGCAAAGCUUGAGGGCGGCGGUGAAGGAAGACGAUGCUACCUUCAAGGACCUAGGGUGGAAGUCCAGUUACCGGGUGUGGACCAGUCCCGAGGAUGGCCAGCCGCGGAAGAAAAGCCGGGCGGACAACGGCACCGCUGCAUCCUCGGCGCCCAGAGACCCUAAGCUGCGGAGGGAUGACAAGGACGUGAACUCCUACUACCAAGCUUGGGAGCAAGUGAACGUGGACAAGGCGCUUGUGGCAGAGGAGGGUCUGGAUCCGGCCGUCGUGCCAGAAGAUCAGCGGCAGCUGGCUGACUUUGGUGACCUCAGUAGAAAUCUGGAUGUGUCAUCGAAAAUCGGCCGCUUUUCUUGGGAUCAGAGCAACACAGGGGUGAGCAUUUACUUGCCAUUCGACGGAGUUGGCCAACUCCCAGCAGAGAAUGUCCAUGUGGAGUUCAGGGACAUUGGCUUCCUGCUGAUCAUCACCAAAGGCGACAAACGACACUGGUACAAGGUUCCCAACCUCUGCCACCCAAUUGACACUACGGCAUCGCGAAGGACCAUCAAAGCCGAUCAGGUCGUAGUGAAGCUUCGCAAGCAGAGAGCUGGCGAAUGGUCGGAUUUGACCGACGAGAAGGACAGGUACCAAAGGAAGCGGGAGUAUCGUAUCCAGCACGGUGACCUGAAGGGCGCCACCACUGAGGAGCUCUUGGCAGACAUGUACAAAAACGCCAACGACGAGGAUCGCGCUGGACUGCGGGAUGCCAUGCGUGUGAACCGGGAGAAGCGGGAGGAAGAUGCUCGCAAGGCCAUGGGGUGA